AUGCAAGCUUUUGUCAUGCUCUUCUUAGUGGUUGCAGCAUUGAUGAGCAAUGGUGUCUAUUCAUUACCUGCAAUCAAUAUUACAGAUACUAAAUUAUCAAAUCAAAUGACUAAAACAUUGAGCAAAGCUCUUUUAACUGAAGGUGAACAACAGCAACGACAAUCUAUUCGAGCUGAUUCUCGAGGUAAGAUAAAAAAUAAUGAAAGAGAAAAAGGACCUGAGAUUUUUCUUUAG